AUGGUCAAGGCUCAUCCUCUUAAUGCGCCUCAUACGGCUGGUCUCUUUUGCGACAUGAGCCUCGACGGCCCCGUAAUCGGUACCCUGGUCAUCAUUGUCGACCGUGCAAAGAACCUGCCCAACAGGAAAACAAUCGGGAAACAGGACCCUUACUGUGCUGCAAGACUAGGCAAAGAGGCCAAAAAAACAACCACAGACAUCCGAGGAGGCCAGACUCCCAGGUGGGACCAAGAAAUUCGUUUCACGGUUCACGAUUCCCCGGAUUACUACCAGCUCAAGAUCUCGGUCUUUAACGAUGAUAAGAAGACCGACUUGAUAGGAGAGACCUGGGUCGACUUGCGCGACAUUGUGGUCCCUGGCGGUGGCCAGAAUGACCUGUGGCAUAACCUGACCUGCAAGGGCAAGUAUGCUGGUGAGAUCAGGAUCGAGCUUACCUACUACGACACCCGCCCAAAGCCCGAGAAGCCUGCUGCCAAGCCCAAGCAGGUCACCUCGGAGACGGAUUCUCCUGCGAGCUCGCUCAGGGCUGCACCGCCUAAGAGACGCCCUCUCCCCUCGGAUCCUUUUACCGGGCAGACGCCCGCACAACAACCACCACCGCCAGUGCCAGGUCAUCUUCCCGCUCCAGCGAGGCAGCAUCAGGGGCAGUCAAGAGACUACCCUGCGCCAGAUCAUGCCCAGACACCUCACAGAGUACACCCGAACCCACAGGCCCCCCAUUCUUCAGAACACACACCUUCGCACUCAGGACACUACAGCAAUGCUUCAUCUCUUCGUCAUGUUCAAGGUGACUACUCUUCGGCAUCAAAUAGCGCAUAUCACACCCCAUCAAAUCAUUCUGAUGCGAGGCACCCACCUUCAGACGCCUAUCCUCUGUACCCCGGAGAUGGCAUGGAGUCACCGGACCACCAUGGGCACACACCGGACAAGAGAUACACGAACCCUGCUCCCUACGGUGCGCUGCCGGGCGAGCAGAUGUUCAGCCUAGAAUUGGACAGCGAGCGGCCGCCCCCGCCGCCAGCGCACCGCAGCACACCCAGUGCGGCAUCCGAGCCGAGACACAGCCCCGGCCAUGACUCCAUGAUUCACAGCCAGACACCACCCCCGAUGAGGAUGGACGUGCUGCGGAGUGAAGCUCACCGUCAGUCUGCCCCGUCAAAUGCGUAUCCAGGGCGACCUGUAUAUCGCCCAUAUGAUUCUGCCCCUGCAGCGCAAAGCAGCGAAACUCAUGCUGGCGGUUCUCACCAAGUUUCUCCGCCGCGCCAUCAUUCCUACGACACUUCCUACGACGCACACCACAAGUCCAUGCAGGCCACCGUGGAGGACGUUCCGGACUCCCCAAACUCUGGCCUGGACGAUGCUAGGCGGAGCGGGUCGCGUGCGCUUGAUUAUGGGGAGUUCGAAUAUCGUCAGGACCCCAGUCCUGCGCCGCUCAGCUUGAGAGGCCGCGGCAGUGCACCUCCCGCCCCCUAUGGGGUGCCACCUGCCUCGGGCCCGCGCCAUUAUGGUGGCUCUAUCGACCAUGUGCAGUCCGAUCCGUCAUUGCUUUCGAGAGCUCAACCGGCCCACGCCAUUCAGUCAGGCUAUGAUUCACAAUUUCAGUCGGUGGGUUAUUCGCCGUAUCGCGGCAGUGGACAGGAGCUCGAGGACACUCAGGUACGGGCCCCUGAUGGCUCUAUGAGAUUUGCCCUACCCUCUGUCCCAGCAUCGCUGGUCCCCGGGGUGGACCCUGGUCUGUCCAUGGAGAUAUCUCAGCGAAUCAACGAGGAUAGACGCCACGAAGCACGACAUAGCCAACCCCCAGUCGGGGGUCAGCCCACGGCAAUUGCUGCGGCUUCUGUUCGAGGACGUCAGAUGACAGGGCCACCGCCGAGUUACGGUGCACCUCAUCCCAGGCAUGGCUCUCGUGAUAUGUAUGAACGCAGUCCUUCUGCAAGGCCUCCAUCACAGCACAGGGGGCUCUCACCCAACCCUAGCCCUAAUGGACAACAUACUAUCAGGAGGAAGUCGAUCAGUCCUGCUCCACCUCAAGAAGGCCGCGGCUUGUCUGGGGUUCCUUUUGGUCCUGAUUCGUACGAUGCACUGAAUCCAGUUCUGUCUACCUCACCUCCCAAGGAGACUAUUAGGCCCGAUUAUGACGAGGUCAACGGCAAGAUCAUCACACAUGAUGGAAAAGAAAUCGAUCCAUCAGAUCAUCUUCCCAUGGACACAUGGGCACCGGAGCCCGAGCCCAAAGGCAAGAAAACGUCCGAGCCGUCAACACGAGCCUCCUUAUCAGGCCCACAGCCUAUUCCACCAUCGGGACGGAAGGCAUUGCGAGUCCGCGAAGUCAGGCACACGUCAGCCCUUCCACCAGCAACAUACAUAACUCCGGAGUCGGGUCGACAACAGUUGCCGCCACCAAACACCGGACGCAAUCGGCUGCAGAAGAAAGCUAAUCGCUCUUCUGCCAUGCCUGUGAUGAUGUCGGGUGCAAAUGGCGCCGGCCCUGGCCCCUUGGCUCCACUUCCACAGGCCCAGGAUAACUACGCACCCCGGACUUUGGGUCGUGCCAGCACGUAUGACUACGAGAACCACGCUCCGCCACCUAUGUACGACACCUCUUCUGGAUACGCUCGAGAUCACAGCGCUUCGGCCCCCCCGAUACCGGCCAAAAUUCCCUUGGCUGCUGGCCCAGGUUCGGCGAUGCAAACACAUAGUCGCGGAUACGGUGACUCCGGAGGGGAGAACGCACUCAUGGAGGAAAUGAGUCGGAUUGACAUCGGCACUGGGAGGGCAAGGCGCCACCACCAGAGGAUGGGAUAUUAG